AAGUAGCCGAGGCUUCUCGCCUACCAACUCCAGCGCCAACCCGGACCCGGACCCAGAGCUUCUCCAGCGGUGACGCAGGGAGCAGGGCUCCCCGCAGUAACUUCCUCCGCGCAGCUCCGCCACCCCCGGGAGUCCCGGGGCGCACCUGCAAACUCCCGCUUGUUCAACGGCCGCCCCCGAGCCGGUGCGGGAGCCCGAGCGAGCCAUGGCCAACGCGGGGCUGCAGCUGCUGGGCUUCAUCCUGGCUUUCCUGGGCUGGAUUGGCUCCAUCGUCAGCACGGCGCUGCCCCAGUGGAGGAUUUGCUCCUACGCUGGCGACAACAUCGUGACGGCCCAGGCCAUCUACGAGGGGCUGUGGAUGUCCUGCGUGUCGCAGAGCACCGGGCAGAUCCAGUGCAAAGUCUUCGACUCCUUGCUGAAUCUAAACAGCACUCUGCAAGCAACCCGCGCCUUGAUGGUGAUUGGCAUCCUGCUGGGGCUAGUAGCCAUCUUUGUGGCCACUGUCGGCAUGAAGUGUAUGAAGUGCCUGGAAGACAACGAGGUACAGAAGAUGCGGAUGGCUGUCAUUGGGGGCGUGAUCUUUCUUAUUUCAGGUCUGGCUAUUUUAGUUGCCACAGCAUGGUAUGGCAAUAGAAUUGUUCAAGAAUUCUAUGACCCCAUGACCCCAGUCAAUGCCAGGUAUGAAUUUGGUCAGGCUCUCUUCACUGGCUGGGCUGCUGCUUCUCUCUGCCUUCUGGGAGGUGCCCUACUUUGCUGCUCCUGUCCCCGGAAAACAACAUCUUACCCAACACCAAGGCCCUAUCCAAAACCUGCACCUUCCAGUGGGAAAGACUACGUGUGACACAGAAGCAAAAGGAGACAACCCUGUUGGAACAAUCAGAAAAUGAACAUUGAAAUACUGUCAUUGGCAUUAAGAUCUUAGAUUUUGACUAUUGUAGUCUGAACUGUGGUAUUACCAAAAAAACAUAUUUUGUUAAAUACCCGUUGCUAAAAAUGACUUAGUCUUAUUUUAUCUCCUUUCCUCAACAUAAGAGGGAAGCCUUUUCUAUUUGUAUUACUGCUUCCCACUGAGUCAUCAUCUCAAAUGUGGGGAGAGGGCAUUCCUUAAAUAUAUAUAGAUAUGUACAUGUACAUGUUUUUCUAUAAAAAAGUUAGGUAGUAAAACCUCAUUAUGUUGGUACCAGCAUUCUUAAAAUAUAUCUAAAAGAAGAAAAAUAUAUUUAUAUUGAUUAAAUAAGUAGUUUAUUUGG